AUGAUAAUCAGGUUUCGCUACGGAGCUUUGGCUCUGACGAUUGUGAGGGCAGUCCUUGCAGCUCAACCUUCAGCUGCUCCGCCAGUCUCGGCGCCUCUAAGAGAGCUACCUUGGGGCCAACUCAAUUUCCUACAUACGACAGAUACCCAUGGCUGGCAUGCUGGGCAUCUCCAAGAACCAUCAUUCAGCGCCGACUGGGGUGAUUACAUUUCGUUUGCAGAAAGACUACACGAGAGAGCGGAUGAAGAGGGCGCAGAUCUUUUGCUUGUGGAUACGGGAGACCGGAUAGAAGGUAAUGGGCUCUACGAUGCUUCGGAACCAAAAGGCAAAUACACCUUGAAGAUAUUUGGAGAGCAGGAUGUUGAUGUGAUAUGUUCGGGAAAUCAUGAGCUCUACAAAAAUUCCUCGUCCGAGAACGAAUACUACGAGACUGUGCCCGACUUUCUCGGCAACUACCUUGCAUCAAACCUCGACAUCAUUGAUUCCAAGACCGGAGAACAACGGCCCUUAGCUCAACGAUUCAAGAAGUUCACAACGAAGAAUCAGGGUAUCCGUGUCCUAGCUUUUGGCUUCCUUUUCAAUUUUAGAGGCAAUUCCCAUAAUACCGUUGUCCAGAGGGUGCAAGAGACCAUCAAGGAAAAAUGGUUUCAGGAAGCUAUACGAGAUAGGGAGGUCGACCUUUUCCUUGUCAUCGGUCAUGUCCCGCUCCGCACCCAAGAGUUCGCCAGUAUCUUCAAGGCGAUCCGAGAACAGCAAUGGGACGUCACUAUCCAAUUCUUUGGCGGUCACACUCAUAUCCGAGAUUACGCCAAAUACGAUAGCAAAGCCUACGGGCUCGAGAGCGGUCGCUACAUGGAAACCAUUGGCUUCAUGUCCGUCACUGGGCUGCCUACCAAUGGGAAGUCCAACCCAAUGUACAGAGAUGCUGCAGCACCUCGUGCAGCUCGAGUGGCUUCACCAACCUUCUCCCGCCGCUACAUCGAUAACAACCUUUUUUCCUUUCACCAACACACGAAUCUCAACGAAACUACCUUCCCUACCGAGCACGGCCGCAAUGUCUCUUCAAUGAUUGCAUCGGCUCGCGAGACCCUGAAGCUCGAUAAGGCCUACGGCUGCGCUCCAAAGGACUACUGGACUAAUCGAGCCCCGUACCCAAGCGAGAAUAGUAUCUUCUCUUGGCUGCAAGAUGAGGUGCUGCCAGACGUGGUCCUUGACAUCGACAGAGCUGAUGUGCCACGCAUGGCGUUUACAAACACCGGCGCCCUACGAUUCGAUAUCUUCAAAGGGCCGUUCACAGUCGACACCACCUACACGGUCAGCCCAUUUACUAGCGGCUUCCGCUACAUCAAAGAUGUGCCAUUUAGCGUUGCCAAGCGGCUGCUGCAGAUAAUCAAUCAAGAGGUGCCCCAGCUCUGGCCCGCCUCGCAGUCGAUUGCUUUCAAGGGGCCAGUACAAUCGGUGCAAGCAAGCACUCACCCAGUAGAUGAGCAACUAUUUCUCGCCAACGGGCAGAUGCCAUUGGGGAAACACCACGCACCUGACCACGACGCCGAGCUCACACCCGGCUACACCACAAUAGACGAUGCAGGUUCUGAUGGCGACGACACCAUCCACGCCCCCAUCGACUUCUACCGCGUCCCAAAUGCCCUUGAGUCCCGUAUCGGCUUCCCCCCCGCCGCGACGGAAGACUCGAAAGAAUCCGCUGAUCCGGUAUCAGUGGAUCUAAUCUACGUCGACUUCAUCGAAAGCUACAUCUUGCUGGCGCUGAAGUUCUUGGGCACGGAUUAUGCAGAGCCGGACACGGAUGUUUACAUGGAAGGAAGGGACAUGACCGGGUUGAUUGCUCAAUGGGUACAGGAGCGUUGGAAGUGUUGA